CCCAUCCGCGCCAAAACAAACACUUCAACUUUUUGUCACCUGAAGCCAACUCAUUAACCUUUCAGGCUACUCGGGGGACUGGCUGACAGCCUGCUUGGUCGCGUCUCGUUGGUUGCUCUGCCCAGUGAUCCGGCGCGAUCUGCGCUCAGACCCAAAUCUGCCUAACAUUAACCUCAUCAGGUGCCCAGUGCUCACGAUCUUACCAUUUGCGAUUUCUGCCCGCAACCGCUACCGCGACCACCAAAUCCAAACGCAAAGCCAUUCCUCCCCGCUCUACCUCCUGUCUACGAGCGACAUCCCGACUACUGCCGACUGAACGCAGUAAUACGCCCUUUUCCGCGAACUCUUGAACCGAACACUCGCUUUGACUCUAUCCCGCUCAGCCCUGCCAGCGCGUGGGUCCCGUAGGCAACCGACUCCCGUCGACCCUCAUCGCCAGCCUCCACUUUCAUUUCGAGGCAGAGGAACGACUGCCUGGGCGACUAUAACACGUCCUUAGCUGAAUAAUCUGCGGGUUUCACCUUGGUUUCUCUAUCGACGGCGACGACAUAUACCCACUUCGUUUGCGCAUCUAUGCGACGCCCUUGAACUGGGAAACUCGAGCAGAACUUUUUUUUAUGGCUGGACAUGCUCGACAGCACCCCUUCCUUACCAAAACGUUGAUAAUGCAACUUUGACCACCGUCUGGGCCUCUGAUAUUGCCUGAACAACUGGAUCAACAUGGUGAAAGCGGACGUCCGAAGGGACUACUAUGCGGACCUGGGUCUGCAACCCAAUGCGGAGGCGGAGGACAUUAAAAAGCAGUUCAGGAGACUGGCCCUCAAAUUCCAUCCUGAUAGAAACCAAGGGCGUGAACAAGAUGUAAUCGCCAAAUUCCAGGCCAUCCAAGCGGCGCACGAGAUCCUCAGCGACUCCCAACAACGGUUGAAGUACGAUACAGAGCGCCUCCGCGCAGGAUAUGGCAAGGUAUAUGGACCGUCCAGGACUACCCCACGCAAGACCCAGCCCAGUUACUCCCAGAGCUACUCGACGGCCGCUCCUCCCAAAACACAAGGUUCGCACCACCCCGCUUCUCCCGGAGGUCCCUCCACAGGUCCCAAUCCCUCGGACGACUCCCCUUCCCCUCCCUGGAAUACCACGUCCCCUAACAGGUCACAAGCUCCGAAAUCUUCCUUUAAUAGUCGAUCGCAAGGCGCGUCUAGUGGACCUUCAGCUGGCGCUUCACGAUAUGCUACUCAUGCGCGCGCAGGACCCCAACAAUGGCAAAAGUCACAGGACGAAGCUCAGACAAGAGCGGAUGCAUUCAAGGGCUUCCAUAACAUGAGGAGUCAAAACUGGCGAGGAUUUGACCCUACCUCAGGCUCUACGCCACGGCAACAGAACGCGCCUUUUGGGAACCCUAAGCCCAAGUCCGCGUACGAGUUUCACAAGGAAAAUGUCCAGGCUAAAAAUUCCGCAAGUGCGGACACGAAUCCACCUAAGAAGAGGCAUGGAUAUGCGCCAGGAACCGCUGCGGGAGAUGAGCCCAUGGCACCGAAUACCAGUGCUUAUACCAGCACCCGAAGCGAGCGGCCAAGUACCAUGUAUUUUGACUCUGCACCUCCCCCAACGGCCAAGAAGUCAACGCGACCCGUGUCUCCAAAUUGGCAAUCAGAAUCAGCAGAAUCCCCCUCUCCACCGUUGGCGCAGGAAUUCGAGCGAACUAGCAGGAGCUAUGCUACCACAGGAGGCGAGAAGACCUUUUUUGCACACCCGAAUCUAGGACGUUCAUCGACCAUGCGUACACCCACGUCUUCAUACCGAGCAUCAAAGAAUGCCCGCACCAACCCGUCGAGCCCUGACCCUGCUCAACCGGAGAGACAUCGCAGCGCCAGCCCUCAGACUCGACGGGACCGAUCUUAUUCAUUUUCGUCAACAACUUCAAGUGAUCUCGAUGACGAUAUAAUCGAAGAAGAAGUGCGUCGACCCAACGGUUUCAAACCUAUGGCUGUCCCUAAAAGUCGACUUCGACCCAAUCAAAAGUUUGGCAACUUUUAUCGAACGAGGGACUCUAGCCCUGGAACUGGUGAGGAAGCUUCCGCCCGGCCAGAUGCCCAAGGCCAUCGACAGUCGUCAGCCACACAAGGAACCCGAAAUCCUCGACGGGCUCCCACUUUUAUUGACUUGACCGCUGACAGCGACGAUAACAAAGGUCACAACUCAGACAGCGCUGCGUUCGCGAAAGGAUCACACCACCCAGAGCAGCAGGACUCGAAUUCCAAUAUUAGCUCAACACACGAGAAGACAGAUCCUGCUGCAUAUGCUCGCCAUAACGCCAAUAACCUUCACAAAAAGUUCUCUGCCGAAGAUUGGCGGAUACACCUCGAUGAAGUCAAUUUCCUUGGCGCCACUUUCAAAGACCGAGUUCCUCUCGGCAAGACAGGAUCAGCGAACUCGAAUGCCCGGCCACGGGCCAGCACUCGCGCUAGCCCAGCACAGUCAUCAACGCCAUCGGGACUGAACGCGUUCACUUCUAGAGCAAGCUCUUUUGAACCACAGACGCAGCAAGCACCUACCCCUUUUGCGCAGGCCAAGUUCUCUGCAGACAAGUGGUCCAAAGACCUGCACAAUAUCUCCUGGACGGCUGCAGAAAAGUCAGGACAAUCAGACAAUACAUCUUCCUCCCGGAGCCCUCAGAAGGCGCCGCGGUCAGGUACUAAAGUCCGAAGCACACCGAAACCCGUCAGAGUGGCGAGCGAAGUUGAAGAGGCUGAGGAGACUGUCAGCGAAGACGUUCUUCCCGAACACAACUCCUCCAUACCUGUCGGUGAAGAGCCCAUGGACCUUGACGAUGACUCGCCAUCCAUACCACCGGCAACUGCGUCUGUGCAACCGAAUAUACCUAUUGGUAGCGCAAGAACUACCAAAUACCCCGAUCUAUCUGCACAUCCUGCAGCAGGGACUCAUGCAGGUGCACCGCAAAGAUCUCAUCCACCUCCACAGAAAAAUCGUAUCCCAUCUCAAAAUGGUUCACGCUCGCCACUCUAUGAUCUUGGCAACUUCGGAAAUCUUGCACCCUUUACUAGCACCAACAGCGGGGGCAUUGAAAAUCUUGGAGAUGUCUCUGCUACACUACCGUUCGAGUCAAGGGCCAAAGUUCAAACUACCACCAGGGAAGACGUUCGCCCCCGGGAUCUCCAGUUGCCAAACCCUCCCAAGCGACCGACGGCACCGGCCCCAAUUCCUAUUGCGCCUGGGUCACACAGAACGGUUCUCUCGCGGGAUAAAUGGAACUGGUAUGUAUCCGCAAUGGGUACGUACAUGCACGAAUGGAACACCUUCAACCGCCGCAUGCUCCUUCACUUCAAUGCCCGCCAAGAUGCCGUUGAGACUGGCCUCGCGCCCGGCUGGAUCAGCGCUGUUGGUGAUACGACCCGAUUGAAGAUGAAUGGGGUUGAUGGGGAUGGAAAUGGUGAGCGGAACGGGGCUCGGGGUGAUCUCGAGCCUACCGAGCUCGACGAAUACCUUGUGCCAGGCAGUGGCAAGGGCGGUUACAGUGCGUACUUGCGUGGCAUCGAGGAGGAUAUCAGAGUACGCAAGCACUGGGAAGUGGCCUGCGAGCUGCACCGUGAUUGCAUUCUUGAGCUCGGUCGUCUACGAGAAUGGAUUCGCAACGGGGGCAAGGUGGCAUGAGAAAAGAGACUCGUUGCGUGAGUGUUCGUUCUCCUUACUCUCUCAGUAUUUGGAUACGAGAAAUGAUUUACGGACGAAGUCGGCGUUGGAUGCGUAUAGCAUCGGUAGAGAGGUUUUGGGCAGGCGUUAUUUGUUGCUGCGUUAUUUGCCGCCUGCAUUGGGGGGUUAUGAUGUCUUUGAUUGGUGAAAUACCCUGCAUUUGAUUUUUCAUCUGAUAGAUUUAAUCAUGACUCCAUUCUCCGUGGUUCUUCUGUAGAUUUACUGCUUUUCUCGG